AUGUUGAGAUACAAUAAGCUAUCCUUAAUUCACAAACUCGGUCGUAGACUCUUACACAACAAAGACUUCAUUCAAGGUCCCUAUGAUAAAACUAUCCAAAAUUUAUUGUUGCCAAGGGAUACAAAGGUCAUCUUCCAAGGUUUCACCGGGAAGCAAGGCUCAUUCCAUGCUCAAUUAUCAAUGGAGUACGGUACUAACGUUGUUGGUGGAACAAAUCCUAAAAAGGCAGGUCAGUUACACUUAAAUAAGCCUGUAUUUGCUACCGUUAAAGAAGCAAUGAAGGAAACCGGGGCUACUACCACAGGGAUCUUUAUCCCACCCCCUCUAGCUGCUUCUGCCAUUAAAGAAGCUAUUGAAGCAGAGAUCCCAUUAGCUGUUUGUAUCACUGAGGGGAUCCCACAACAUGACAUGUUAUACAUCAGUGAAAUGUUGAAAACACAGGAUAAGACCAGACUGGUCGGACCAAAUUGUCCAGGGAUAAUUAACCCCUCGACUAAUGUCAGAAUUGGGAUCCAACCUUACAAGAUCUUCAAGAGUGGUAAGAUCGGAAUUGUUUCCAGAUCAGGGACAUUGACAUAUGAAGCCGUGCAACAAACUACUAACUGUGGAUUAGGUCAAUCUUUGGUCAUUGGGAUGGGUGGUGACGCCUUCCCAGGUACCAAUUUCAUUGAUGCUUUGAAAUUGUUUUUGGAUCACCCUGAAACUGAGGGUAUCAUUAUGUUAGGUGAAAUAGGUGGUAAAGCAGAAGUUGAAGCAGCCCAAUUUUUGAAAGAAUAUAAUUAUUCAAGACCUAACCCCUUGCCUGUCGCCUCCUUUAUCGCUGGUAACGUGGCUGGCCAAAUGAAAGGUGUUAGAAUGGGGCAUUCUGGUGCUAUCGUGGAAGGUUCUGGGACUGAUGCUACAUCGAAGAAAGAGGCAUUGAGAGCUGUAGGGGUUAACGUGGUUGAGUCUCCAGGUUUCUUAGGACAGGCCCUAAUUGAUGAAUUUAAUAAAUUGAAAAAAUAA